CCCGUGUGCGCGCGAGCGCCGUGAUCUUCGACACGAGAAAAAAAUAACGAACAACCACCGGCCGACGAUUUUCGUCUGUUCCAAGCACGGUUUUGCGCGUGCUUGGACGACGACGACGACGACCACGACAACGGCAAGUGAUCAUUUUGCAGUGGACUAUCCUCGGGCGAGGAAAAAAAAGGAUUUUAUUGACGAGACGUCGUCGCAGUCGACAACGGGGGAUCAGCGAUAAACGGGGCAGCAAUUGAGUAAUCGUUAAAUCUAAAGGCGUGUUAUGAAAUUACUGCCAAUAUCGCUGCCUCAGCUGCCGGCAGUUUCCGGCGGAAUGACCGGAAUGGAUUCCCGAUUGCCACCGGCUAUAGCGUUGCCUUUCCCAUCCACGGAGAUGUUUUGGCGUCAAUAUCCCUCUAUGAGCUUUACACCUACAACUCAUCCGCCGCCCAGUCCUGCCAUGGACUUUAAGACACACUUGCCAUCAAGUUUGGCAUCCGACCCGCGACUGUGGUCGCGCGAGGACGUAGCUUCAUUUCUACGAUGGGCCGAGGGCGAGUUCGAUCUUAAACCGUUCAAUAUGGAAGUGUUCCAGAUGAACGGAAAAGCUUUGUGUUUGCUCACAAAGGUGGAUCUAAAUGAAAGAUGUCCGGGUGCUGGCGAUGUCCUACACAACGUUCUAGCUAUGUUAGCACGUGACUUCAAUCAGAUGCAAAGGUGUUUACCAAGUAGUCCGGUGACUCCAACCAGAUCAUCUGCGUAUCCACUUAGUCCACAUUCGCAUCCCCCAACACCUACGUGGGCAGAGGCACCUGGUUACGUCCAAAGUCUCACAAGUUUGAUGUCGGCUAAUUCUGUAACGUUGUCACCAGCGCCUUCCGUGGAUAGCCAAUCAGGUUCACCUAGCCAUGCGACUGACGCAAAUCAGACACAGGUUUACAAGAGCGACUCGGACGAAGAUAAUCACCAAAUGUCGGGAGGCAAUAACAGUCCACCGAUCACUCCAACCGCUUUGACGGCACAGAGGCACGGCGAAGUAAACAUUAAGGACCAGCCGAGUCCAACACAGUUAUUGCCGCAACUGUCGUCGUUGACAUCGGGUUACCGAUCGAACAAUUCCCUCGCGGCCGCCAGAGAAUUCUUCGGCGAUCCUCCGGAACCUAACACCAAUGGAAGACUGCUCUGGGAUUUUCUCCAGCAGUUACUGAAUGAUCAGUCACAGCGAUACAAGAAUUACAUCGCGUGGAAAGAUCAGAAUUCCGGUACAUUCAAAAUAGUCGAUCCGCCAGGUUUGGCACGACUUUGGGGUAUACAGAAGAACCAUCUUUCCAUGAACUACGACAAGAUGAGUAGAGCUCUGCGAUAUUACUAUCGUGUGAAUAUUCUUAGAAAAGUGCAGGGCGAACGACAUUGCUAUCAAUUUCUACGUAAUUCACAAGAACUUAAGAAUAUCAAAAACAUAUCGUCGCUGCGCCAUCAGAUGCGAAUAAAACUUGAACCGGAAGAAGAGGCUGCUUUUUCUGCAAGUCCUGAAGCAAAACUAGAACAAGAACCGGAAGCGGACAUGCCAACAGAUCUUUCGAUGUCUAGUAUGAACCAGCCAAUGAGCGAGCAGCAACAGCAACCCCUCUCGUUGCACGACCCACCUGCCAAGUACAGAAGUCACGCGUACAAUCUCGUUAAGACCAAUCAGGAACCGGAAGAGAGGAAGUGACGCGGGACCUAGCGAUGGCAGGAACGCAAUGAUCACGCGUAAUCGUUAAUUCCGCCGCGCGUAAUCUGAACGCACUGACGGCCAAAAACGGCUCAACGCAGAAUAGAUUCCAUAUCGACAACCAAUCGACGAAUCAUAUAAAAUGUGUAUAAUAAAUCGUCAAGUGUUUGAAAUAACUUUGUUUCAUCGAUUUGAAGAAGAUAUUGGUAUCGUUCAUGUGGUGGUGACACGCGCGAAGGUCGUCAUUGGAGCGUCGGAAGACGCAAAAAGGAAACGAAAGAAAGUGUAAAUGUGAAACAAUUGCUCUGUAAAUAAAUACAAAAAGACACUCUAUGAACACAGUGAUUUAUAUAAAACGAGAACACACACACACACACACGCGUAACAAACUCUCGGGGAUACGACAAAUCUUCCAACAAUGUCAUCAGAAUGCAAUUAGGUAGAGAAUUUAUUUAAAUCUAAUUUGCGAAAACAAAACGGGCGCACAUUUUCUACACUGCAAAAAGACGCGGAUUCUCUUCUAUAAAUAUAAGGGAUCAAGAAAUAUUGGAUUCAUAUGUAUAGCUUACGGUCAACAACAUUAGAUUCUUUGUGUUCUCUACUUAGCAGCCGGGAUAAGCAAUUUGCCACUUGCAAUUAUACGAAAAUAGUCAUUUUCGUUUGUUAUAUGUAAGAGUGUGAUAAAGAAGCGCGGAAAAAGAGCGCGUAUUGCCAAUAUCACCCGACGGCGCAAAUCGAAAAACGAUUCGCCCUCACGUGAAUUUUCGUCGAGUCGUUGUGCGCCGAUAGGACGCUUCGAUCUGAAGCUGAAUCUUCGCGGAUAUUCCGCCCCUAUCUCUUUUUUCCCUCACUCCCCUCGUAACGGGGGCGAACGAUAUGCGUAUUGUCGGGCAAAACAUUUCCCUUUUACAACGACAAGAUGUGUAUAAAAUGUACUACGGACUUAGGUACCUACGCGCUUAAGGAAAAAAAAAAUACAUACGACGAUUUAAUGUACAAAGAUGCUAGAGGGAGAACUGUUACCAGGUCUUUCCUUUCUUUCCUUUCUUUUUGUCUGUUUUUUUUGUUUUGUUUUUAUAAUUUUAAGUAUCUCUGUGAUGUGAUUUUAAUUUUUUUUUUUUUUUUUCGGCGAAACGAAUAAUCCGCGAAAUAUAGUUGAUCCCCAAAGAGAGAUUCCACUUGAUUUGAGAUACAUUCAUGCAGAUGCAUCACAGAAAAAUUUAUACGUUAUAAACGUUUCCAGGAGACUCUACACAAGGUAUAAAGAGCUUGACAAAAUCCUUUAACGACGCGCACGCGCGCGCAAUUCAAUAACAUUUUUACAUAUAUUACGCAAAGCGGAUUCUAGGAAAGAGAGAGAAAGAGAGAGAGAGAGAUUUAACUGGAUUUUCUUAAGCUCUUACUGCAUAUGUGCUGAAACGGUUUUCCGUUACUUUGACGUAUUUGUGCCAAGAAUUGCUGUUUAAUAAGAGAAGAGAUUUUAUGUAUUUAAUCCCUCUCCCCCUUCCCAUGUAUUUAGACGUCCGUUCCAAGAAAGAGACUUUGGAACAAAGUAUUGUAUACUGCUCGCGCUCGAUAUCAGCGGAGUAUGAUUUAAGACACGUUAUAACCGAGUGUAAUCGAACAUACGUUGUAGGAAAUGUAUAUAAAAAAAAAAAAACUACUAAUCGUAACGAAGGGGAUUCAAUUGUAAAUGCAGACGAAAGAUAAAAAAAAAAAAAAACGCUCUGUUAUUAGAAAAAUAGGUGAAAGAAUUUUAUGGAAGAAAAAUUCGGGGCCAGAGUUAGAGUAUAAAUAAAUUUAUCUAUAGAAGAGAAGGUAUAUAUAUAUAUAUAUAUUUUACUAUCAAAAUUUAUAUUCGAAAUUUCUACGUUUGUUGCCGGUGCGCGAUUGUGGCUUACAUUCCACGACCCUACAUUUGGAGGAUUGCCUGUGAAAAAGUAACAUGCGAAAGUUCGAAAACGCGAGAGAAAUAAAUAAAAGCAAGGAAAUAAGACACGCGUAUACAAUUAGGAAAACAGGUUUUAAGAAGAUUACUAAUCGUAUUUUUGCAUUUGAGAAUAUAAAACCGAGAAAGUAUGAGAAAUUUUACGUGUGAGUGCAAAGGAGAGAAAGAGAGAGAGAGAGAGAGCAAGUUACGUCGAAUGGAUAUGUAUAUAUAUAGUCGAUUAUCCGUAUCGUGUGAAAACUCACUCAUCGGGAAUAACUAAAACUUCUACAUUUAGUAUUUUUUUCUCAAAUUAGUUUCGCUGCGAUAUCAGAGAAUUGAAACAAAAGGUAGUGCAAAAUGUGUUAAUUACAUGCGCUAGUUUGAAUUUCGAUGCAUAAAACAAGAAAUAUCGUGUGACGAUUAUAUACAUAACAUUAGUAUUGCACAUAUGUUGACAUUUGCAAGCAUAAUCAAUGCAAGAGACGUUUGCGGACAUUUCGUCAAUUCGUAAUAUACAAAAAGUUUGAUUUUUUUUUCCUCCCAGGGUACGGAUAUUUGUCUGUAUAAAUAAAUACCGUUGAUACAUAUUUGGCUUUUUAUAUACUGUGAUCUCUACUUACAGAAAUAAAGCAAAGAGAGUUGCAUAUAUUAUAUAUACAUAUAUAUAUAUAUAUAUUAUAACUAAGUAGGUAUUACGUAAAUGAAAUGCAAGCGCGUGGAGAAGCACGCGCAUGUUUUGUAGCUAGAAUGAAACGGUUGUCAAGAGACAAGUGCGUGAUGUUAUCGAGAUAAGAGAAAAAUGUGUAAUAUCUUACAAUCGUGUAAAUAAUUUUUACGUGGACAAAUAUCAGAGAAAAAGGCAGUUUAUAUAUAUAUAUAUAUAAUUAUACAUAUAUACGAUAUAUGUAACAGGAUAUACGAGGACAACCAAGUUGCAAUGCGUCUGUCUAAGGUGGGAAGAAAAAGUUUAUAUAUCGUUUCGCGUGUGUAUAAAAGUGAACCAUGUAAAAUUCUAGAAACUAGGACGGUUUUAUUAUAUAACUUGUUAUGCAGAGUAUGAAAUGAUAAAUGUUGUAAAUAUAGACUUAUUUAGUUAUUAAGAACACGCGUGUGUACUAUUACCCUCAACUCGUCCAAUAUACAAUCCGCUAAAAAUAAAUUUUUAUCAAACAAAAAACCAUCGACCAGAUUUGCAAUGCAUUAUUUUUUUGAACACCAAUAUUGCUUUUUUUUUGUUUUUAAUUUCUUCUGCAUCAAUCACAUAAAGUUGUCAUAGUCCCGGAUGAUACGUCUAAUGUAAAUGAUUGUUUGUUCUAAGAAUAUUUCAUCAACAAAGUCAAAUUCAGAAUUUGAAAUCAAACUUUUUUUUCUGUACAAAAUGUUGAAGAUAUAAAAC